AUGGAAUCGGCUGCGAUCGACACAACGGAGCUUGAGAAAGCAACGACUGAGGACUAUGAGCUCUCUAUUGUGCGUGAAUGUAUCCGAUCGGGACAAUGGGAUCGGAAUGAAAGUAGACCAUAUGAAGCGUUCCAAAACGAACUCGGGUUUGUGGGAGAUUUACUGGUGCGAGGGUCGAAGUUAGUUGUGCCCAUAUCCUUGAGGAAUAGGAUGUUGACUUUGGCCCACGAAGGCCACCCAGGUGAGACUGUGAUGAAACGGCGGUUGCGUGAUCGUGUCUGGUGGCCCGGGAUGGAUCGCGACGUCGGCACCUACGUUGCAUCUUGUGAGGGAUGUAGAUUGGUAGGACUUCCUACCAAACCUGAACCCAUGAAACGCAGAGAACUUCCUGUGAAACCAUGGAUCGACGUCGCACUGGACUUUCUGGGCCCGCUACCGACUGGAGAAUACCUGCUUGUUGUGAUUGACUACUAUAGUCGAUAUAAAGAAAUCGAGGUGAUGAAGCAUAUAACUGCAGAGGAAACCAUAACACGCCUGCACGUGACGAUUACGUUGGAUAAUGCAAGGCAGUUUAUUCGUUCCACGUUCGACAACUAUUGUUCGCAAAAUGGAAUCCAUUUGAAUUACUCUACCCCCUACUGA